AUGGAAAAGAAAGAUAAAAAUGAAAAAAUCAUAUCAAGCUCACCAAUAAAUAUUUUUAGGCGAUAUUCCAUUGCAGAUGUUGGAAGUGGAAGCUCAAUUAGUAGAUUACAGCAUGAUAGUAAUAAUAAUAAUUCACCAUUAGUACCAACAUCUUGUGAUUCACCAACUUCAAAUUUUAAAAGAAGAGUUGCAGAAAGUAAAAUUGUUAAAAAAUUAAAAGUUUUAGAAUUUGUAAAUGAAAAAAGGGAAGAAUUUCAAAGGGAUUUAUAUAAAGAUGGAAGAGCUUCACAAUUAAUUAGAACAAAAGAUAAAUUUUCUUUUGUUUUGGGUGUUUUAAAUUUAUGUGUAAUUUCAUUUAUUUGUGGAAAAUAUCCAUUAUAUUUACAAUACUUCUUUUCAGGGGAAUAUUUAGUAUUAUUUGCAACAAGAAUAAUAUUAUAUAAAAGAAAAAAGUUACAUUAUUUUCUUUUUGAUUUUUGUUAUUUUGCAAAUUUAAUGUUGUUAUUUUUCAUUUAUGGAUUACCAGAUAGGCAAUGGUAUUUUAUAACUUGUUUUUGUAUAGCCAAUGGUCCAUUAUUAGGUGCGGUAAUACCUUAUAGAAAUAGUAUGGUGUUUCAUUCAUUGGAUAAAGCAACCUCUGUGAUUGUUCACAUUUUCCCAUCAUUGGUAACCUAUAGUUUAAGAUGGAAUGAUGAAUUCUUAUUUUCAAAACAAAAUCAAAUAGAGGAACCAAAUUGGAAGAAUUUCUAUUUAUAUCCAAUUAUUGCAUAUUCAAUUUGGCAAUUGGUUUAUUUCUUUUGGGUUGGUAAAUUUAAAAAGGAUACAAUUAAAGAGAAUAAUUAUACAACAUCAUUAUCAUUCUUAUCGACUAUUAAAGAAGGUGAAAAAGGUUCAUUAAUUUCAAGAUAUUUAAAUUUUGCAAAACCAAAUCAUCGUUUAUUCUUUUUUAUUUUCUCUCAAUUCACCUAUACAUUAUUAACAAUUUUACCAUGUUGGCUAUACUACAAAUACCAAGUGAUCCAUUCAUUGUAUUUAAUAUUCGUUGUAACAGUUUGCCUUUGGAAUGGUGCAAACUUUUAUAUCGAAUACUUUAGUAGUAAUUAUGUAGCUCAAAUGAAAGCAAGAGAAGAACGUUGGACAAAAAUUAUCAUGUCUUCAAUUGGUAAUACUACAAGUUUCAAUUCAAAUUGUGAUUCUCCAAUAAUGGAAUAUUCAAAACAACAACAACAGUCAAAUACCCUAAAUUCAACUCAUCAUAAAAAAGAAAAACCAAAGGAUCAUUAUCAACAAUUAACACCUCCUAAUCUAAAACAUCAAAAAGGACACGAAACUCAAUUCGAUAGUGAUACUAGUUAUAUUGGUCAUGAGGAUUUAGCACCUGAUACUGAUGAUGUUCACCAUCAUUAUAAUUAUUCAUCAAAACCAAAUCAAUAA